ACAUUCCGUCCAAAGAAAAAGUUUGCUCCGGAUACUAUUCGCUACCAUCUCCACAAACAGGCAGAAGCUUCUCUAUGUGCGGGUAUCGAUUUGCGCGAAGCUGUCAAGCAACCAGAGGAUGAGGAAUUAAAUGAUUGGAUUGCUGUUCACGUGGUUGAUUUUUACAAUCGCAUCAAUCUUAUUUAUGGAACUAUUUGUGAUCGCUGCACUGAGCAGACCUGUCCAACCAUGUCCGGUGGGAAGAAAUUCGAGUAUCACUGGCGUGAUAAUGUGCACUACAAGAAACCUACCCCUCUACCUGCUCCCCAGUAUAUCGAUCUUCUGAUGGACUGGAUCGACACACAGAUAAACGAUACGUCCAUAUUUCCUACUGACGUUGGCGUGCCGUUCCCCAAAUCCUAUAUACCUACCGUCAAAAAGAUUUUCGGAAGGCUAUUCCGAGUUUUUGUCCAUGUUUACAUUCAUCACUUUGAUCGACUUCAUGAAAUCGGGGCGGAAGCACACGUGAAUAUGUGCUACAAGCAUUUCUACUACUUUGUCACUUAUUUCAACCUGAUUGACCCCAAGGAGUUGGAGCCGCUG